AUGCGUCAACAUACACUUUCUCAGCAACACAUAUUAAAUCGUUGGUUGCAAUUCAUAGUCGGAGUCACCGGAAAGUACGGCACUCGUUAUGGUGCUUCUCUGCGUAAGCAGGUUAAGAAGAUGGAAAUCACACAGCACGCCAAGUACACUUGCACUUUCUGCGGCAAGGACGCUGUCAAGCGUACCGCUGUCGGUAUCUGGGAAUGCAAGGGCUGCAAGAAGGUCAUGGCCGGAGGUGCCUGGCAAGUUUCUACCACUGCUGCUGUCACUGUUCGCUCUGCCGUUCGUCGUCUUCGCGAAAUGGCUGAGAUCUAA